AUGAAAAACACCUAUCUAAAUCUUAAACUGAAGAACGACGUGCUAGAACAGAAGAUAAACGCAAUGGAACAACGUCAGAUGUCAAAUCUUAUUGAAAUUUGCGGCGUAAGUGAAUCAGAAAACGAAAACCUACAAGAUAUAACCUCCAAGAUAUGCGCUAAGCUCCAACUGAGCUCUGCUGACGCAUCAAAAGCAUACAGAAAGAAGAAGAUGCGACCUAACGUGGCCGUACAAGGACCCCCAUCGCCGAUAGUGGUGUCUCUGCGCGAAGGAUGCCGCGACCAGUGGCUAUCGAGCUCCAGGAACACAUCCAUCACCGGCAGGGACCUGGGACGCGAGGACAGUACCCGCAUCUACAUACGUGAGUCACUUACACCUACUACAGCUUUCUUACUGUGGAAGUCUAAGAAGGACCUAAAAGAGACAGGCCUUUGUAAGUUUGUUUGGCUAAAGAAUGGAGUAGUCUUGGCAAAAAAAACCGAGAAUGAUAAAGCACACGUCAUCAGAUCAGAGAGCGACAUGGAGAGAAUGAAAGAGGUUUUCUCUAAGUGA